AUGCCUGGAAGCCAGUACAAGGUGCCAAGCGCCAAAAUUCACCACAGCCGAUACAGCCUGACGGACAGCUCCGAUUACAACCCCGAGGAUGAAGAUGCUGACGGCCAGCUACGCCUCACACCCCUGCAGAAGCUCACCACCGACAUGUGCAAGGAUGAGAAGACCAUCAAGGAGCUGAUCAUAGGCCGCAGGGUGGGCUUCUAUAAAGUCAGAGGGGAGAUCGGCAGCGGGACCUUCUCUAGGGUGAAAAUGGCUUUCAAUGCUCUGACCAAAGGUGGGUGCUCAGACAUCUAGUCUGACUGUCAUGUGGGGUCAAUUUGAGCAACUUUACCCCAUUCACAAAAAUGGAGGGAUGCAUAUAACCUUAAAACUGGCUGAAGUAUAUGCAGCUGUACACGGUCAUACAUAGUUCAACUGGAUUUUAUACAUUUAAAAAAAAAUAAUAAUGCAAAGGCUAUACACUUCCAUGAGCUGAGAUUUGCAUCAAUCUUUAACUGAAUCUUUGCAAAAAAGCUCAACCCUGAAGAAGAACCAACUCUGAAAAGUCUAAAACCUGCUUUUUUUCCCUAAAUGAUGCCCUUUGAUUGGUCAGACCUAUUGGCCAAACCCUCCCUCCACUGCGUCUGUAUCUGACUUAAUUUACCAGGGUGCUGAUGAUCUGGCAAAACACAAAUAGAAAAUUUCAGAAUAAAUUUUGUCCAAAAACUGCCCAAACCUCAGUUCGACUCUGCAAAACAGUACACCUAACAGAUGCUUUGGAAAACUCUACUUCUUACGAAAGCUGUUUCUAAAAAGUAAACGUUAAUCUUCUUGCUCUUGUUUUCUGGAAGAAGUUAAGGCCUAAAAUGUCUACAGUUUGCAACUAAGAAGUAUGUUUCAUAAUUAAUCCUCAGAUAAUAAUAGGACGGCCAGAGACAAAGUCUAGUGACUGAUGACUCAACAUUAUAUCAGUGUCUGUACAUCACUUCUACAUCCGUGUAUCUGCACUAAUUGGACCCCAAUAAUUGGUGAUGUGUGAUUGAUAACUGGACAUCCAGUCUUUUGUCUUAUGCAUCUCCAUCGUUCUUCUUUUUAGACAAAGUGGCCAUAAAGGUCCUGGACAAAACCAGGUUGGACCAUCAGGCCCAGCGUCUGCUGUCCAGGGAGAUCAGCAGCAUGGAGUCUCUCCAGCAUCCCAACGUGGUGCGUUUGUACGAAGUGGUGGACACGCCAAGCCGCCUCUAUCUGGUGCUUGAAUACGCCGGGGGAGGAGACCUCCACAACAGGAUCUGCACUGAGGGGAAACUGUCCGACAACACCAGCAAGAUCACCUUCGCCCAAGUCUUAUCAGCCAUUAAAUUUAUGGUCAGUCACAAAAUUUAUCUUCCUGUCGUGUCAUUUUAUUUUCCGUUUGUUGUUUUUUAGUCGCACAGUUUUGAGGAACUUCAGAAAUCACUUUUUAAAAGUACAGUGAAGGAGAUGAAAUAUUUUCCUUCAAGCUACCAAGCCGUCAAAAGGCAGUGUCACAACUUUUCACAACAGAUGUCAGUAAAGGUAGCUGUAAAGUGUCUGUAAAGUAAGGUAGCCGAAUAUUCGUGACAACCAGUUGACGUGGCGUGAAGAGCAGGGAGGAGGUAGCUGCAUGCUUUUUACAACGGUUGACAUUUUGACGUCAGUAUGAAUCUCCUCAUAAUCAAAUUAAGGCUUGAUUCCACCAAGCUUCUUCGUGACAGUGUAAAUAGUAGUGACUGUAAAGGAGCCAACAGCAGGUCAGCAGGGGUUUGUAGGGUGUGAGUCAGCGGUGACCGAGUUUGAAGACAAUCUGAUCAAAUGAGGUCAUUAAGACGGGAGUUUCCUUUUUUUAUUUCAUGUUUUCAGCCUCUUUGAAGUAUUAGAUGAUAAAGGCAUCGACUGAAGCAUUUUUGCUUUACUUGGCAGUUCAGAUUGGACACUAAUGAAGCCAUUGUCAAGGUCGUAAAAAGUACUAAAAAUAACUGUAAUUACUUUUUUGUGGAUUUGUUUGCCCACAUGAUAAAAACAACAUUUACAACAGCUUUUUGGAUACAUGUUCUGUAACCAUGAACAAAAGAGGAAGGAGGAUCAAAUGAGAUUGUGGAAAUUUAAAUUUAUUCCCUGAAACUUGAAGUUUUGAAGAUGUUUAUUGAGUUGGUUGAAUCUUGUGAGUAGUAGGGUAUUUUUCUCAUCUCACCAGUAUCUUUACAAUACAACCUGACUUAUAAUAAUUGAAGACUCACCCUGACUAUUACAAAGAAUACAGGUUUAAGCCUCUGCUCUAUGAGCUUUGUUACUGAGCAGGUUAAGUCUACUUCUGCUAUACAGUCUGCCAAACAAGGUGCCAGAGGAAGUUCUGCCUAACUCAACAGGAUUUUUUCAUUUUUUAUAUUUUGACAAGGAAUCAAAAUCAGCCUUUUCCAUACCAGACUUAUUACUGUCAUUGGUUUGCAGAGAAACUAUUAAUAGAUAGUAUAUUUUGUAUAUUCUGUAUAUUUUUUUAGACGGAAUUUAGACAUUGCACUUUAACCCAUUAUUCAAUAACUAUUUAUUUAAAAAAGCAACUGUGAGUUGCAUAACUGAUCUCAAAGUACUUAACCAAAAUAAUUAUGAUAGCGGUUCAGCAAUAUACAGUGUAGUAAAGAUAUAGCCCAGAUUUAGACUCGGUCUAAAUGUAGACGUCUAAAAAAACUUUAACAUUUAGACUUGUGGUAGCCUGAUUUUAGACCAGUCGUCUAGGCUACAUUUAGACGUCUAUAAGACCUCUUUCAGACCAAAAAAUGCUUAGUAGGAUAAAAAGUGAAUCUGCUAACGAUGGCAUGUAUGAUUUUCUUCUGUGCAGCACAACAUCAACAUCAUCCAUCGGGACCUGAAGGCCGAGAACGUUCUCUUCACCUGCAGCGGCUGUGUGAAGGUGGCCGACUUUGGAUUCAGCACAAAGGUUUCAAACCGCAACGACACCCUGGACACCUUCUGUGGCUCCCCUCCAUACGCUGCCCCUGAGCUUUUCAAGGACGAGUACUACGUGGGUCCACCAGUGGAUGUGUGGGCGAUGGGGGUCCUGCUUUUCUUCAUGGUGACCGGCACCAUGCCAUUUCGUGCUGAGACCAUGGGGAAGCUGCGGCGCUGCAUCAUCGAUGGCGCCUUCACCGUCCCUCCUUGGGUGCCAGGCCCCUGCCAGCGGCUCAUCAAGGGCAUCUUGAAGCCGGUCCCUGCCGAGCGCUACGCCAUUGACCAGAUGCUAGGCUGCGAUUGGCUCUUACCAGUGGAGUUUCCCUGGUCACUAGUGCCUCCUGAGCCGGUGAGCCCUCUACAGAGCCUGCUGGACUUUGAUCGAAGCGACCUGGAGGAGGAGGUGGAGGAGGAGGUCAGGGGCAUGCUUGAGGAGCUGGGCUUCACUUCAGAGCACAUUCAGAACAACCCGCUCAAGGAGAGCCGCAGCCCGGUCACAGGGGUUUACCGAAUCCUGCUGCACCGGGCACAGAUCAGGAGGGGGUGCGACACUCCCCCAGUGGUCCGGGGGAUGGUCAGGGAUCCUAAGAGGGAGGGGCUUAGAGCAUACAGGGGGCUCAGGCACACCUCUAAAUUCUGUGUGCUUUCAUAA